GCGCUCAUAUUUACCAGUGCUGCCGUUCAGCCAGGCGCUACGCGUUUCGGAACGGCGUCUAAUACGUUUUAUUGUUACCUUGGACCCCUGUGGAAAACUGUUGUUGGGGCAACACAGUGACCUCUCGAACUGAGGAGUGCAGUGGUGAUAAACAAGUGCAGUGAUGAGGCCUCCAUCGGAAUACAAUGAUACUCGGAUGCCCGCUGAGGCGGAGGAAGGCGAUCCUAGAGCACCUGCGAUGAUGAUUUGCGCGAGACUUGCGGGACGCGCCAUCAUCAGAGUUGUCGGUCGAUGUGAAGAUGCACAGGAAAACAGCCAAUUAGAUUUAUCAGAAUGUCAACUAAUGCAAGUCCCUGAUGCAGUAUAUCAUUUAAUGCGACACACAGAAUUGAAGAGCUGUGAUCUCAGUGGAAAUGUUAUAACAAAAAUACCACCAAAGUUUACUGUAAAAUUUAGUCUUAUUUCAGAUUUGAACCUAUCAAAUAACCAAAUGGCAAAGUUACCUGAUGAGCUGUGUACUCUGGCCUGCCUGGAGCGGCUGGACAUCUCGCACAAUUCUUUUGUAGCCCUACCUCACAUUGCCCUUCAGUGUCCUAGUCUGCACACUCUGCUCGCACAUCACAACCAAAUUAUUGAAGUGGAUGUCGAUAGAUUAGCGAGAUCUCGCGCCCUUGAAUAUGUAGACCUUAGUGACAAUCCUAUUCCACCACGCACACAUGAUGAAUUGAAGCAAAUCACACAUCCCAGGAUAUCUAUAUCCGAGAGACAGAAGGAAGACUGGGAAGAAGAUCUCUUAAUAUAGAAGGAAAUACUCCUUGUCUCUGAGUACUAGAUAAUAAGGGAUCAGUGUAUUUUAUGUCCAGUAACGGACUGGUCCUCAUUUCAACUGUGAUUUUACUGUAUUUUAAAAUAUGGUAAUUCUAGUUACAUAGACUUAAUUUAAGCCUAGAUCGCCAAGGUGUUUCGCAAUAUAUUAUAUAGGUGCUCAAAUUGUUUAUGUACUUAAUUUUUUAUGUAACAAUUUUUUCAGACAAAAAUAAUUACCAUGUGAAGUAUUAAGAAUAAGUUUCUGGCUUGAGGAUGCUCAAAUGUAAAUAAGCUGUAAGCUGAAGGUUUUAUAGAAAUAAAGUUUUUAAAAUGUGUAAGAUCGUUAAUUAAACAUAUUUGAGUAUUCAGAUGUAAAUUAUUAUUUUGGUAUCAUACUUGAUGAUCAAAUUAUUUAAGCUAAUAGUUUUAAUACUAUUUUUGAUACAUUUCAUUUCUUUUUGGCCUGAUUUUUUAAAUCACAUGUUACUUUUUGCUUUAUUUUGUGAAUAGCUAUAGUCAAUGAUAGUGCAUAAAUUGAUAUUUUAAUAAUAAGAAAAUUGUGCUGUUGUAACUACUUGUGUAUUGUAGUACUCAUUUAAGAGAUAGUGAAACCAAAUUAUGAACCUUAUUGAUUAUCUCUUUAUAACUAUUUGAUUGCUAUAAAAAAAAUUGACUUAAACUUUUGUUCAGACAGAGCUUUUGAGAUUUUAAUGUUUAACUAAUAUGUAUAUAGGCGUAAAUAAAAGCUAGUCUUUAACACAAUUAAAAUAUGUAAGAAAAAUAUUUUUAUAACAUUUUUAUAAUGUGAUGUGGUAUUGUUGUAAUCAGUGCGUUUUUUAUUUACAAAGAGUACUUAUACAUCAUAAAAUGUGUAUGCAAAAUUAUUAGAUUAAGUUUGAGGCAACUGUAAGAGAGAGAUCUAAUAGAUAUCAAAUCAAAGUAGAAAAUUACAGAGCCCUCUCCUAGGGGUGAUAAUUUUCUACUAUGUUCUAUAUCUGAGUAGGUAUUAUUAACCAAAAUAUAUUAAAGAGUUUGAAAUAAGAUAUACAAAAGAUCACUUAUAAAAUAUUCCUAUAGUAAAUCGCAAGUUUAAAAGAACAGUGAAUUUGGAAAUUGAUGAUUAUUCGCUCAAUACAAAUUAUACUUAUUUUUGGUUUCAAUAAAAACACUUCUAUUUUUGAUGAUGAUGUUUAUCAAAUACAUGAAUGUAUUAAAUAUUAUUUAAUAAAUGCAUUUCAAAGUAA